CGUUUUGGCAGCGAUAGGGGCAAAACCGGAACAAGCAUUUUUUAAGGCAUCAAUUGUUGCUUUUGCCUCUUUUUAUCCUUGUUUUCAUGCAUGGAUUUCUCCUUCUAACUACAAACACUCUCUCUCUCUCUCUCUCUUCAUACAUGUGUUUCUAGAGAGAGAAAGUUAUAAAGAGGAAGGGUGUGCUUGCUCAUCGUCAUCAUUAGCAAGAAAGGUGACCGACCCAUCAUCUCUUUUCAGAAAUAUUGAUAUUUUUUGCUUCAUUUCUUCACUACUACUCGAGUAGUAGCUUCAACUGCUUUAUUGUGUUCUCAUUUAACCCUAUUAGAUCUUGUUCUUGAUCAACAACAACAGAGUGCAAUCUGAGAUGGGUUCUUCUUCAAUUUCCAAACCCACCAAAUAUUUGACCUUUUAACCCUGUUUCUUGAUCUUGGGGUCACUCAAUUGCUCUUAAAGUUGUGUUCUUAGUGAAGAAUGAAUGCAAUCUCAGAUGGGUUUCUUGUAAAUCUACUUAAAGAUGGAAGCUUUGAGGCUUUGAUCUUGUUUCUUGAUCUGGGUGUUCUUCAAUUCUCAGUUUUUAAGGUUGGAUCCUCAGUUUCUUUAAGAAAUUUAUCAUCCUGCUCUGUUUUUGGAUCAGUUUAACUAGUUUCUUGAUCUGAAUUCUGACCUUUAUUUAUAUAAAAAUGUUGAAUUCUAAUAAUAAAAGUGAUCAACAACGGAUGAAACAUAUGUGCAAGUUGUGCAACAAAAGCUUUCCUUGUGGUAGAUCCUUGGGAGGUCACAUGAGGUCUCACGUGAUCAACUCCACUGAUUUUCAUAAUCAGAACAUGAAGCACUCAUCUGCCCAUAACAAUGAUGGAAACUUGAUGAUAAACGGGUCUUCGGAUUCGAAUGAUCUGGGUUAUGGGCUUCGAAAAGAUCCGAAAAAGACCCUAAAAGCGGUCAUCAAUCACGCUUCGGAUUCGAAUGAUUUUGAUAAACUUUGUAAAGAAUGUGGGAAAUGUUUUCAAUCUUGGAAGGCCUUGUUUGGACACAUGAAAUGCCAUUCUGACAAAGUGUCAACCGCGAAAACCAUGGUUUGUGAUCAAGAUUCUUGGAUUGGUCAAACCGAAAAGGAGAAUUCGGGCCCGGAAAUCGGUCAAGUGAGGAAAUCAAGAUCAAGAAAUGGAGCAACCAAAAAGUCCAUAGUUACCACCACUCCUACUACCACUAUCACCAUUGCGAAUGCAACUUCAUCUUCGGUCUCCAUGAAUGCUAAUCAUACCUCAACAAGUGUUGUUUCAGAUAUUUAUGAUGAACAAGAAGUAGAUAUUGCUAUGUGUUUGAUCAUGCUUUCAAGAGAUGAGGGGAAAUGGGAUAAAAAGAUGAAGAAGUUGAAGACAACCAGUGAUAAUGCAGGCCAAAUCGAUGAUCAAAACAAGCAAAAGUUCGCGUGUGCUACUUGCAACAAGAGUUUUCGCUCUUAUCAAGCUCUUGGUGGGCACAAAGCAAGUCACAAGAAGUUAAAAGGCUGUUUUGAUUCGGGAUCCGUUGAUCAAGACGCGAUCAAAAGCGAACCCGUGUUGGAUCAUGAUCAUAUAACCAAUGGGUGUUGUGAAAAUACAUCAAAUGAUCAUGAAUCAGCAUUAAGUUUUAAUAUUGGUGGUUCUCUGAAGAACACAAAGGUGGUAGGAGCUUAUGAGUGUUCAAUAUGCUUAAAGGUUUUCUCAUCUGGACAAGCUUUGGGAGGUCACAAGAGAUCACAUUUGGUUGCUGAGGCUAAACUGAAUCAACAAAAUAUUAAUUUGAUUGAGAAGUUCGAUAAACCGGUUUAUGAAAUUCGAGGUUUUCUUGAUCUAAACAUGCCUCCUGAUGAUCAUGUGGAAGAAGAAGAAGAAGAAAAAGAGACCAUGAUGAACAACACAAGCUCCAUAGGGACAGGGUACAAUCCAUGGUGCUACAAUCAUGAAUCAACACAAUUUGGAUUGCUCUCAACAAGCUAGAACUUCGAGGAUCAUUUCAAGUGCCGGUUUUAGUCGUACAAGUUUACCUUGUUGAAAAAAAGUUAGUACGGGUAUUAAUGCAAAUGCACUAGAUCUUAUCAGGACUUAUAUUUUUUUUUAUUCUUUACAAAUUUGAUGUACAAUUUGUUGGUUGACCAACAAUCUUAGGUAGUCAACACACUUAUCCAAAGUUUUACAUUUUGGUGAAAUACAUUGUUUUUCUUUGUUCAUGAA